UUAGGAGCCAUUUGUGGUUGUGGUUUGGUCAAGGCUUUUCAAAAGGCGUAUUAUUUCAGGUAUGGUGGUGGUGCUAAUACGUUGAAUGAUGGGUAUAGCACGGGUACUGGUUUGGGUGCGGAGAUUAUAGGCACUUUCGUUCUUGUUUACACUGUCUUUGCCGCCACUGAUCCUAAGAGAAACGCCAGAGACUCUCAUGUUCCUGUGUUGGCACCACUCCCAAUUGGAUUCGCGGUGUUCAUGGUUCACUUGGCUACAAUUCCUGUUACUGGAACUGGUAUUAAUCCUGCUAGGAGUUUUGGGGCUGCUGUUAUUUAUGGCAAAGACAAAGCAUGGGAUGACCAAUGGAUAUUUUGGGUUGGACCCUUUAUUGGUGCUGCAAUUGCUGCAUUUUACCAUCAGUUUAUUUUGAGAGCUGGAGCAGUCAAAGCACUUGGUUCCUUCAGAAGCAAUGCCUAAUCAUCAAGAAUCAAUAGCUGGGAGGCCUAUGAGAAAUGGAGUCAAAUUAAAGAAUGGUCAAAUUUCCCACUUAAUAUGGGAUAUGAUACAUCCAUUUAAGAAAUUGUAUAUAAGUAUUUGGGAGAAGUCUUUUCAAAUUAUGCUUUCUUAUGUUAUUAGAGUUGUCUUGGCUAUUUGGCACUUGUUUUAAAUGUGCCAAACAUUGUCACUGCAGCUUCUCGAGUUGUUUCCCUUUCUUUUGUGUGUUUAUGUAAUUUUCACUAUGCUUGUUUUGAGCAUCCAAAUAAUGGAAUGAGCAAGGCUAUAUUAGCUAUUUAUCUUUCA